AUGAAAGUCGCACAAUAUUUGAUGAAAUCCAGGCCAAUGUUCCGGCUGCUCAAUCUUCAAAAACGCGGAAGGUUUACAUGCGGCGCAUUAUUUGGAGUAACCCUUUCGACCCUGCACAAAUGUCUGGCGCCGCUUCUAUUAUAUGCUAACAAAUACCGGUGCAUGAAAGCUUUGGGCAAAGAAGUCAACGUUAUGCAUGGAAUACAGGUCAUUUUGUCGGAGAAUUCGGCGAGGAUCACGGAUGAAAGUCGCACAAUAUUUGAGGAAAUCCAGGCCAAUGUUCCGGCUGCUCAAUCUUCAAAAACGCGAAAGGUUUACAAGCGGCCCAUUUUUCCUGAGCAAAAGUACAUCGUAAGUAAAUUAGCAGCUAGAUUCCCAGCGCCGUUUAGGUCAUCUCUCCCAACACUAUCCACCAUGAGAACUAACGAGAAUCCUAUGGAUGAAAAUUUUGACUGGUUAUCACCGUACGUUUCAUCAAACACUGAAGCUGCAAAUCUAGACACACCGCCUCUCCUAACUUUUUAUGGCAUUGACAGCCGGCUACCAUCUUUUGACGAAAUAUAA